AUGGACUCUACCAACUCGCCUACUCGGGCAGUCCAAACAAGCGGUCAGAAGCAGCACGAGCCUCAUAGUCUGAUGCUUAAUGUGCACAUCUACGACGUCUCUUCCAUCCAAGAGCGACUCUAUUGUGGAGCCGAAGCCACCACCAACUCACCAGAAGCAAUCAAUGGCACUACUGCUGUUAGCACCAAACUCAAUGUUUUGAAGAGUCAAAUCAUUAAUAUUGACAUGAUCAUGGGGACUUCUGCUCGCAUUCCUAACCGACUGUAA